AUGCCACUACCGAUAGGCGGUACUCCAGACGACCAUUUCGUCGACUUGUCUUCCAGCCCGCCAGCUCGCAGCCACAGCUACUCAUUUGAUGACGGUGAUCUCAACAAUCCGUACGCAGAUUUGUCGCAAUACGACACUUACGAUGCGCAAGACAAAGUUGCCGAUCCAGAUCCUGACUUCGUAGAGGACAUCUCCGACAACGAGGCCAUGCUGUCUUCGAACAACACACGCCCAGCCACUGUGCGAGCGGAGUUGAAAGAGUUCAACCACUUCGUGUGCAUGGAAGAUCUCCGCGGCGACUACGGAUGCCGCAUCAACUACAGUAAAAUGUUUGCUGGGCAACGGUCUCGAAAGUCUUACGCUGAUCGCCUCGCCACCAGGACAUCCGAGUCACGAAAGCGCAAACGAAAUGCAGCUCGCAAGGCGGCAGGUGAACCGGUUACACCCCCGUCUCGUGGCGGCAAAGCGGCUCGGGGCAGCAAGAAGCGGAAGGCAGCAGGUGCCACACGACGAGGUAAGAGUAUUCAUCUCAGAGGCGGCGAAUUCAUUAGCCCCCCAAACUAA